CAGAAUUUUCUCUGUUCGACAAAAGAUUUCACUCGAAGUUUUACGGUUUCGUUGUGUUUCGACUGCGCUGGUAAUUUUUCGUUAAGUUACUUAUUCAUUCGUUUUGGUGAGUUGAAUUAGAAAUAUUCUUAUUAAAACGCUGUGAUAGUCUCGUCCAAGACGAUAAAUAUUUUCAAUGGAUCAUUAUUCGAAAACAAGCCUUAAAGAAAUUCUGAUAAGAUUAUCACAAGAGCCACCAAGUGAAGUGAAUUUCAUUCCUUUUGAGCGCUUGGGAAUUCUUGUGAGCAAUUCAGACUCAGAAUCACUUGACAUUGAUAAUAAAGAUGGUUCGUCUUUAUUUGUUUGCUCAGUAUGUAAAAAAAAGGAGAAUUCAUCUCAUAUGUUAGAGCUUCACGUUGUUGAAACACAUGACACAUAUUUUGAAGUUCAAAGAGAGAAAAAGCCUAUGUAUGCAUGCUUUUUACAAGAAUGCAAACUUUUAUUUAUGAAUCCUGAAGAACGUCGAGAUCAUUGUAUAAAGUUUCAUAAAUUUCCACAUAACUUCCGAUUUGAUAAUACAAAAAGCGUUCGAAAGAAUUCACCAAGUAAUGAGUUAAUGGAAUUAAGUGAAAAUUCAGGUGACCCUAGUCCACCUUCUUCAUCAACAAAAUCUCCUAAGGAAGCAGCUCCUCAGAGAGUUACAACCAUUCAAUUCGGUCAUAAAAAUUCAAAAUGUUUUAAACCUGAAUACCGUCGUCCCGAUGCCCUCGAAUCAAUGAUUGUCGAUAUGAAAGAAAAUUUACCUGAUGCUUAA